CGUCAACAGUGAAAUGGCAGCCUCCUGCUUUUUGUAAAUGAACACAAGGUCCAAGCUGGUGAAGGAGCGAGCCGUUAUUCUGACCCGAGAACCCCAUUCACAAGACCAAAACCCCCGGACUCGAGCAUGUCUCCAAAGAUCACAGGAGAGCUGCUCAGGCUGCUUCGGCACGCCAUGAAGAACUGUAAAUACUUCUCUGAGCCCAUAAACGCCUACAUCGUCCCGUCUGGAGACGCACACCAGAGUGAAUACAUUGCUCCUUGUGACUGCAGGCGUGAGUUCAUCUGUGGAUUUAAUGGCUCUGCAGGUACCGCCAUUGUCACGGAGCAGCACGCCGCCAUGUGGACUGAUGGGAGAUAUUUCCUCCAGGCCAGUCAGCAGAUGGACAACAACUGGACCCUGAUGAAGAUGGGGCUGAAGGAGACCCCCUCUCAGGAGGACUGGCUGAUCAGCGUUCUGCCAGAGAACUCUAAAGUGGGAGUCGAUCCUUGGAUCAUUGCUGCAGAUCAGUGGAAGAACAUGUCGAAGGCCCUGACGAGUGCAGGCCACUCCCUGGUGGCGGUGCAGGAUAACCUGAUUGAUGUGGUCUGGAUAGACCGCCCAGAAAGACCCAGCACGCAGCUUCGCACCCUGGGAUUGGAUUACACCGGUAUGUCCUGGCAGGAUAAGAUCACAGCACUGCGAGCCAAAAUGGCGGAGAGGAAGAUCACAUGGUUUGUCGCCACGGCGCUGGACGAGAUUGCAUGGCUUUUCAACCUGCGAGGUGCAGACAUCGAGUACAACCCGGUGUUCUUUGCUUAUGCCAUCGUGGGGAUGAACGCAAUAAGGCUUUUUGUGGACUUGAAGCGUCUCUCCGAUCCCGCGUUGAGAGACCAUCUGCAGCUGGACUCUCCCAGCAAGUCGGAGAUGAGCAUCCACACGUUCCCAUACGAGUCGGUCUACACCGAGCUGCAGGCCAUCUGCGCCGCACACGGCCCCAAAGACAAGGUGUGGAUCUGCGACAGAGCCAGCUGCGCGCUCACGCAGGUCAUCCCCAAGGCCCACAGGUCCCCCAUCCCCUACACCCCUCUCUGCCUCGCCAAGGCCGUGAAGAACGCCAGCGAGAUCCAGGGCAUGAAAAUGGCUCAUAUCAAAGACGCAGUCGCGCUCUGUGAACUCUUCGCUUGGUUGGAAAAGGAGAUUCCUAAAGGUACCGUGACGGAGAUCUCUGCUGCUGAUAAGGCCGAAGAGUUUCGCAGUCAGCAGAAAGAAUUUGUGGGCCUCAGUUUCCCCACCAUCUCCAGCGUGGGUCCAAACGGAGCGAUCAUACAUUACAGACCCCUACCUGAAACCAACAGAACCCUCUCUCUGAACGAGGUCUACCUGAUCGACUCCGGAGCGCAAUACGUGGAUGGAACCACCGACGUCACACGCACCAUGCACUUUGGAACGCCGUCUGCUUUUGAGAAGGAGUGCUUCACCUACGUGCUGAAGGGACACAUAGCUGUCAGCGCUGCCGUCUUCCCCAACGGAACGAAAGGACACCUGUUGGAUUCGUUCGCCCGUGCCGCUCUGUGGGAGUCGGGGCUGGACUACCUUCACGGGACGGGACACGGUGUGGGCUGCUUCCUCAACGUCCACGAGGGCCCGUGCGGCAUUAGCUACAAGACCUUCGCCGAUGAACCUCUCGAGUCCGGCAUGAUCGUCAGUGACGAGCCCGGUUACUAUGAAGACGGAUCUUUCGGCAUCCGUAUAGAAAACGUGGUCCUGGUUAUCCCAACGAAGCCCAAAUACAACUACAGAAACCGAGGCAGUCUGACGUUUGAGCCGCUCACUCUGGUUCCUCUCCAAGUGAAGAUGAUGAACACGGAGCUGCUCACUCAGAAGGAGCGCGACUGGGUGAACGAGUAUCACAGGAAGUGUCGGGAGGUGAUCUGCGGCGAGCUGGAGAGGCAGGGCAGGAAGGAGGCGCUGGAGUGGCUGCUGAGAGAGACGCAGCCGAUCGUCUGAGGACGUGUAGGUCGUCUGCGGUGAUCAUCGUUUGUAUUUCUCUCAUCUCUUCUGUGUCUCGCCCUCGGCUUCUUUUGUAAAGCACAUUGUAUCCGCAGUUUUAUUAAAGUUAAAAUGGAUCACGA